GUAGUCAAAUGCAUAGGCAAGGAACGGUAUAAAAACGGCUUCAGCUCUGGGCAAUAUCCCCUGAGCGGAUAACAUGGUCCCCAAAGUAGUCGUCGUAACGGGCGCCACAGGCACUCAAGGCAGCGCAGUCAUCUCCUCCCUUCUGAAGAGGGGUGGCUACCUCCUGCGAGGCUCAACGAGACAUACAGACUCUUCUGCCUCUCAGGAACUCACAAGGAAAGGAGUGGAGAUGGUGCGCGCUGACAUUGCGGAUAAAGUCAGCCUCGUACAGGCAUUCAAGGGCGCUUACGCGGUAUUUGGGAACGCUGUGUUCCCGUGCCCGCUGGAUGCCGAAGUACAAGGAAAGAACAUGGCCGAUGCAUGCAAGGCGAACAACGUACCGCUCUUUAUCUGGUCUUCCAUUCCCAGCGCUAUCCAGCUCUCCAAAGGAAGAUACACUGAUGUCACGCACUGGGAACAGAAACACGCUGUAGAUGAGUACAUUACCUCCGUCUCCCAGCCGAGCGUGAUCCUCCACCUCGGUGCCUUCCUGGACAACCUCUUCACCCAGCCCUACCGGCUCUUCCCUAGCCCAACUCCAGGGAAAUGGACACUUUCGUACGUGCUCGUCCCUGGGGAUGUGAAGAUGAGCAGUAUCUGGAUUGGAGGUGAUUUUGGUGAAAUCGUGCGGGCGGUUGUGGACGUAUGGGAGGAGGACGGGUGGAGGGAGCGGUUGAUGAAGGAGCCCAUCUCUGUGGCCGGCGGGAGGUACUCGCCUAAUGACGUAGGGGAGAGCAUUGCACGGUUAUCCGGCCAAGAAAUAGAAGUUGUAAACCCACCCGCCCCACCCGGUUUUCCUCCCCAUCUCAUCUCUAUGUUCAAGCUCUUCAGCGAUGGGUACUAUGAUUUUUCUGGACCCAAUCCGCCGGAGAUACUGCUCGACUUGGGACUCAAGAGCCAGCCAAACGCCAACCACGUGAUUGUUCAUCCCAUUUGUUGA